CUGGGGCCAUGAUCUCCUCCUACAAUCAGUCAUCGGCUGACUCUUCAGUUGUGCCUCAGAUUGCAUGCUGAUGAGAAGGAGAUCUCUACUCAAUCUACUGCUGAGAAUCUGUCAUCAUGGCGGCCUUAAAGCUAAAAACUUUCAGCAUGGAAAAGAAUUCAAACAUGGAGGCACACAGAACAAACUACUAUAACAGCAGCAAUCUCAUUCUCAGAAGAGGGCAAGAAUUUGGAAUCAAACUUCACUUCAAUAGACCCAUCCAGAAAGGAGACAAGAUGGAAUUCAUUGCUAGCACAGGCCCUGCCCCUGCGGAGUCUGACCAGACACUUGCUGUCUUUCAACUCUCUGGAUCUAAAAAGGGCAAUACCUGGAUGGCUGUCAUGGACUCCAGCUUCACUGCUACAGUGAACAUCACGAUUAAGACUUCUCCACGUUCACCAAUCGGUCAUUACAAAAUGAAUCUAUACAUCCCCUCCAAAAAUAAGAAGAGCCAUUUCAAAUUAGAUGAUAUCAUACUAUUGUUUAAUCCUUGGGCUAAAGAUGACGUUGUCUACAUGGAGGACGAAAAUGAAAGACUUGAAUAUGUUUUAAAUGACAGUGGAAUUAUUUACUGUGGUCUCAAGGACUACAUUGACGAAAUAGGGUGGAAUUAUGGGCAAUUUGAAGAAGGCAUCUUGGACAUAUGUUUCCAGAUCCUGAAUAGAAGCUUAGACUAUCAGGAGGACAGUGUACUGGACUGCUCAAAGAGAUAUGACCCUGGCUAUGUGGGCAGGGUACUUAGUGCAAUGAUCAACAGCUUUGAAGAUGACGGGGUGCUGGAGGGCAGCUGGUCUGGUAGAUUUGUAGGUGGGGUUCAUCCUCAGGAUUGGAAUGGUAGUGUAGACAUCCUCCAUAUGUGGCGUAAAAGAGGCUAUAGACCAGUCAAAUACGGACAAUGCUGGGUCUUCGCUGGAGUCCUGUGCACUGUUCUUCGAUGUUUGGGAAUCCCAACCAGAGUAAUCACAAAUUUUGAAUCCGCUCAUGACAAGGAUUCAAACCUGACUGUCGAUACUGUGUACAGUAAAAAUGGAAGAUCAAUGAGUAAAGACACAUUAUGGAAUUUCCAUGUUUGGAAUGAAAGUUGGUUCUCUAGAAGCGAAUUGGGUUCAAGUUAUGGAGGAUGGCAAGUGCUGGAUGCCACACCACAAGAGCUAAGUGGAGGAAUUCACUGCUGUGGCCCAACCUCAGUCCAUGCCAUCAAAGAAGGAGACAUUGAUCUUGAUUACGAUGGCCCGUUCGUUUUCUCAGAAGUUAAUGCUGACCGCGUUACAUGGGUUUAUUACGACAAAGAUCUGAAGGAGAAAGUCUACACCAACAGCGGUUCGGUGGGGACAUUUAUCAGCACCAAAGCAGUGGGGAGCAAUGGACGGACAGAUAUAACGGACAACUAUAAAUAUCCAGAAGAGUCUGAAAAAGAAAGAUUAAUAUACAUGAAAGCUCGUAAAAAGCUAAUAGAAAUGGGCAUCAUUAAUAAGAACAGCGCUGAGAACCGAGGCAUUACAAAAAGAAGUCGCAAAAAAAGAACCGGAGGAUCUCCAUUAGAUGACCUAGAUGAGAAGAAGAAAGAAUUCGAUAUUCAAGGGACAUUUGAGCUAAAUUCAUCCACAAAGUUUGGAGCUGACAUAAAACUGACCCUGCAUUUAAAGAACACCAGCAAAGUCCCUCAACCCGUUAAAAUAAAGAUAAGCGCCUCUACCAUUGAAUAUAUCGGCAGGCCGGAUACUGAAGUAUAUUCUGAUGAUACCACUCUAACUGUGCCACCCAAGAAAGAGAAAACUCUUUCUGUAAGCAUACCUGCUUCAGAUUACGAAAAUGAUUUGACAAACCAUAAUCUGAUGGAAGUUGUGGCAUUAUGUGAAUUGAAAAAUAAAAAGAAAAUGCUUGUUCGGAAAGUCAUCGUUAUUGAGAGGCCUCCUAUGGACAUACAGAUCUACGGAUUUGCAUUUCUAAAUAACCCUCUGGACGUGGAGAUUACAUAUACUAAUCCGUUAUCUACCCCGCUAAACGAUGGAGUCUUAGUCUUUGGUGGCAGUGGCUUGCUCAAGAAAAGCAGAAGGCGAAAGGUACCAAAGCUGCAGCCCAAAGAAUCAGGCAGAAUGACAAUAGAAAUAACACCAUAUCAAAGUGGAAGCAGACAGCUCACAGUGGAUCUUACUUCCAAACAGUUUUCAGCUAUUAAAGGAUUUCACGAAGUAAAAGUAUUUAGAGAAGGUGAAACCCUUGACAAGAGUGAAGGCCACGAGGAGGGUGGUGAAUAUGAAAAUGAUGAAGCCUAGGAGGACUCUAUGUAAUUAAAACAAUCAGGUUUUCAGUAACUGAUCCAUGUACCGAUGCAGCAGAGGGGGUUUGUCACUGCUUCAAACAGUAUAUCUGGUUGGUGGCAGCUGAAGAAUGGAACUGAGCAUGUGCGACCGCCAAACAAACAGCAGGUGCUAUACAGAUACAUUUUAUGGAAUAAUUCCAUGGCUAUGUUACAUUUAAAUAUAACUAUGUUACAUUUUUAAUUACAUACAAUGACAAAAGUUUUCAAAUGCAGUUGCCGGUUUGAAAAAUGCUAAAUAUUUUUUGUGGCACAAGCUUGUUGAUUGAUUUUGAUAUCAUGUGUGGAUUUUCAUAAGGCUACAAGUAAACCCAACGAGUUACCGUAGUCUCUGUUCACAUUACAUUUGGCUCUGCCAAUCAUACUACAGUAUACACUGGGAUCAUUUCCUGACAUAUACCUUCAAUUGGAUUCUACAGUAAUAAAAAAAAAAACAUAUACAACCUUCCGUCUUCCUCUGUAUGAAAUAGCACAGUCUACUGCACCAUUCUAUACAGGUAAUAAAAGGUUUGUUGUUGAAGACUAUCCUGCCAUGUGCCAAUAGGAUCCUGUUUGUCUUUUAUAUGUAAUGUGAACAGAGCCUUAUUUGUGCAUGACAGAACUCCAUAAGUGAUGCAUUGAGCACUGCAACAUUUGCAUAUUAAUAUUCAAGUAUUUGUUAUAUAUAUGAAAAACAUAACUCUUUACAGUUUUAAUAAAA